AGACCCUCAGCGACGCUACGCCGACUCUGGGACGCAGACGUUACCGGUGAGAACUGGCGGUCGGCGCGACAGCCCUGCAUCAAUCGCAGGAGCAGCCCUCGGUGGCCCCCGAUUACCUGUUGAAAUCGAACUUGCUGCUAAACCCGCUUCUCUGCCAACUCGUACUAGCGGCUCUUUGAAUGUAAUGGAAAGCCAGAAACCUCAUAGUAAGAGCCGUGUCAAAAGUCGGAAAGCGGCAGCGUCGCCUUCCAUCGAUCCUCAAAGUCCUCUUGCACGACAUCGUCCAAGCCAGCGUCUGAGUGUUUCAGAUUUGGUAGGACCUGUCUGGUGUGAAGUUCAAUACGACUAUGGACUCAGACAAGGCAGAUCUCGAAAGCUGGCGAACCGACCGGCGUCUUUCACUUCAGCCCAAGGAAAGACAAUUGUGGCUGAGCAGCAGACCGCCAUCAAGAACGAAAGAAUCCUUGAGCGUGGUAGGUCUAUCCACAAGCAACUGGAAAAGGAGAUCCGCCCAGAGGAGGUCCUUAUAGAAACUGAGACCGACGAAGAACGCUGGGCCUUGCGGCUGGUCAACAUCCUAUCCUGCUUGGACAAUCUCGUGGAAUCAGACUAUACUCGGGAGAUCCCUGUAUUCGGGACUGUUCACGGUCAGCUCGUGACAGGAAUCAUUGAUGAGAUCAUCCGAAAAGCUACGCCAGUAUCGGAUGCAUCUUCUCCUGGGAAAAGAGCAUCUCCCUCAAAAAGAGAGAGUCCGAAGAAGAGCAAGAAACAACGCAAUCCUUCUCCUUCGCAAUCGGAAAUUACGACAUUUUUCUCCUCGCCAUCAAAAACGCGGAGUCUCUCGCCUCUAUCUCAGGAUUCAGGUCCACCUUUUGCGACACAGGUCUACACUUUGUUCAUUCUCGACUCUAAAACCCGGCGCGCAAAGAGUCUGCCAUCAACUGAGGAUGCCCUCAACUCUCGACUCCAACUAAUGACCUAUCAUCGACUGUUAUCCGAACUCCUGUCACCGUCAUUCGACUUUAUAUCUCUCUGGGAUCGUCUACAUCUAGAUCCUGCUCGUCUUUUCUCAGAUGCUUUUCUCGAAUCAUCAGGCCUACUUCCAACAGCUGUACGCUGCUUGAGCGACCUUUGCGUCUUGUGGCGAAACUCUGUUGCCGCCCUCAAUAUCGACAGGGUGGCACCUACACUGGAGAUUGUAUAUAGAUACCGGCCGUACACUAAACGGAAGGCUUUAGAUCCUGUCAAGGAGGCGGAAGAAUCAGCUCAAGCCUCAAUCAGGGUCGCUGAAGAGGUCAAGAACGUAGUACAGGAUAUAGAAACCAACCGGCGGCAGGAGGACUCGGAUCUUGCGCGCGCCAUUGCGGAGAGCCUCAAGGACCACACGAAUUCCGGUGGGCACUCGAAACGCGCUGAUUCGAUUGGGACUGGGAGAUUUGGAGAGGCCAGAAAGCUGGUGUCUUCGUUGACAGAGCCACGAGCAUCGAGUUCAAGCAGUACCCUACGACAGGACCCCGAACUUGCAUGGGUCGCACAGAAAGAGAUGUUGAAGAGGGACGACUCAAACGCGGUGGCAGCGGUAGUGAGGAACACCUCUUUUGGCAGUAAAUUGACCGAAGCAUCUGAACUUGCUGCUGCGAUACCGACUGCCCGCGACGAAACACAUUCGAAUGAAGACGAGAAAUCAGAAGUCAUCGGACGAACAUUGUUCGCGAUGGACGACAGACUUUUGGACGCACAUCUGAAGAGCGUAUUAGCAUGGUGGUAUGGUCAACGUCCACCACGGGGCGUGGAGAUUGAGCAAUCGAGACGUUGUUUCUCUUGCGAAUACAUUCAAGACUGUGAGUGGAGAGAGCAGAAAGCGUUGGAAGCAACGGCUCGGUACACAAAUAAUUGACGGGGCCACAAGGAGUCUGAAUCGAGUGGCCUUCCGCCUGGUUACCGAGAUUACCAGUCCACUGUAUCACCUUGUAUUAUAUCUCGGCAGUGUACAACUAUAUUCCCUC